AUGAAGGACUUACCGGAGACAUAUGUACUAGCGGAUGACGGUUCGUUAAGCGGGCCAGUACAGAUUCUGGUCGGAAACGAGUACUAUUGUAACAUAACCUAUGAGAAGAAAGUACAAUUGGACAGUAACCUGUUUCUGAUCGACUCUGCCCUUGGUUGGAUAAUAAGUGGUAGAACAGAAUCACAACUUAGUGACGAACCGUACGUAGUGACUUACACUCAGACUUGCAUUGAAACGAAGCUUCAUCAACCAGACCCACCUCUUUGUGAUGCUGACAUAAAGAGCCUUUGGGAACUAGAAUGUAUAGGUAUCAGUGAUUCCCCAAGAGCAACUAGAGAAGAAGAAGCGAUCAAGUAUUUCAACGAUACUACAGUUAACCUAAAUAAUCGUUACACGGUAAGCUGGCCUUGGAUAACUUAUCCACCUGACUUACCUAACAAUUUUGGAAUGGCCUUUGGUCGCUUAUCAAGCUUAUUGAAGCGUAUGGAUCAAGACACGUUACUAGCGUAUAGCGAUACUUUUAAACAACAAUUAGAUAAAGGUAUAAUAGAAAUAGUACCUACUUCAAGAAUGUCAAUGGGUAACCUCGUGCAUUACUUACCUUUCCACGGAGUACAUCAUCGAGGGAAACCUAUGAGGAUAGUUUAUGAUGCUAGCUCUAAGAGUAGCAAGGAUACGAAAAGUCUGAACGAAUGUUUGUACAGAGGACCACUCAUGUUAGAAGACCUCACUGGCUUACUUAUAAAAUUUAGAACCCAUCAAAUAGGUUUAACCUCAGAUAUUGAGAAAGCUUUUUUACAGAUGGCGUUGCAUGAAAAGGAUCGUGAUGUUACCAGAUUCUUGUGGCUCAAAGAUACCUCUAAACCGGUAUCUCAGGACAACCUACUAUACCUUAGAUUUUGUAGAGUACCAUUCGGCGUCAUUUCUUCACCGUUUUUACUUAAUGCAACUAUCAAACACCACCUGUCCAAAGCGGAAGACCAACAAGUCAAACAGAAAGCGAAUGACAUAUAUGUAGAUAACUUUGUAUCGGGUUCCAACACUACGGAUGAAGCGAUGGAGCUCUACAGAAACCUAAAAGGGUCUUUUCAAGAUAUUUCAAUGUCACUCAGGGAUUGGAGUUCGAAUUCUAAGGAAUUCAUGAAGAAGGUUUCUGAUACAUAUAAAAAAGAUAAAGUAAAGGUACUUGGGUUAGAAUGGGACAUCAAAAGGGAUACUCUUCAGUUGAAGCCUAACUUGCAAGAGGAAGCGGUAACAAAAAGAGGAGUACUGAAGACUAUCGCAUCAAUCUACGAUCCAUGUGGUUAUGCUGCACCCUAUACCCUAGCGUCUAAACUUUUUCUACAAAGACUUUGGAAGGCUGGAGUAUCAUGGGACUCACCGUUAUCAAGCGAACUAACGGAAGAAUGGAACAUAAUCCGACAGAAUUUGAAAGCCAUUGGAGAAGUGUCGGUGGACAGAUGCUACAUAAAGACACCAAUGGAAAGGAACUACCAACUACACUGUUUCACAGAUGCCUCUCUACAGGCUUAUGCAGCAUCAGUUUUUUUAGUUUGCGGUUCAAAGAGAAGUUUCAUUAUGGGAAAAUCCCGUCUGGUACCGGUAAAAGACCAGGAGAGUCUCAAGAUACCCCGUCUGGAACUUUUAGGAGUACUGAUUGGCAGUAGGCUAAUAAAGUUCGUUCUUAAGUUUCUUCAGCAGAAGAUAGUAAGGCAAGUCUUGUGGACCGACAGCCAGAUUGUUGUAGAAUGGUGCAAAUCUGAUAAACUGUUGCCACCCUUCGUUGCCAGGCGGGUAGAAGAGAUCAGAAAGAAUAAAGAUCUGGAGAUCAGAUACCUUUCAACAGACCUGAAUCCAGCAGACGUAGGCACCAGACCCACCUGUUCGAGAGAGGACAGAGAGAAAUGGCUGACUGGUCCACAAUUUAUAGUAGAAGAUCCUAAGACGUGGCCAACUACAUCUAGCAGUGGACCAACCAGUUCUCUCUUGAUUGGGGAGGGUCUUGGAAUCCAAGAAGAAGAACCGAUGGAAACAGUUGAUCCAGACAUACCCGAAGUUAGUCCGAUGGAAACGAGACAUAGUGCAACCGCAAAAGAAGUAACCGCACAAGAAAAUGAUCAGACGCCAGAUGAUAAGUUUCUAAGGUUGAAAGAAAUUCAAGCUGAAUACUUUCCUCUAGAGGUAGAAGGAAAAGUAACUAGUUUAAGUUUGAAUUUAGGCGUAUUUAAAGACAUAGAUGACUUACUAAGAUGUAAAGGUCGUAUGAAACAUGCAGACUGGUCAUUUGAUAAACGCUACCCUAUACUUAUACCGAAAAAUUCAGACUUCACCAACGAAACUAUAAUGAAGAUUCAUCGAGAAAAUAUGCAUGUUGGCGUGAGUCACACGUUAAGCAAGAUAAGGGAAACUUACUGGAUACCACAAGGAAGAAGCAAAGUUCAAAAUAUUUUGAGGAAAUGUCCUGAAUGUAAGAAACAUGACGGAGGGCCAUAUAAACUACCGGAAACUCCUGCUUUACCGAAAGAGAGGGUUAAUUAUAGUUCUCCAUUUACAUACGUUGGCACAGACUACCUGGGACCACUUCUAGUUAACAAUGGGAAUGGCAGUUGCAAAAGGUGGAUUAGCCUCUACACAUGUUUAGCUGUAAGAGCCAUUCAUCUAGAAGUUGUAAAGGACCUAACGGCGGAAGAAGGUUUAAUGGCCUUACGUAGAAUGAUCUCAACAAGAGGAGUACCUUCUUUGAUAACGUCUGAUAACGCGGCUCACUAUAAGUUACUCUCAGAGAUUCUUCAGAUCCCAUACUGCUUAGAUAAGGAGAUAAGAUGGAAAUUUAUACCACAGUUAGCACCAUGGCAUGGAGGUUUCUACGAAAGAUUGGUCGGUUUAGUUAAGAACUGUAUGAAGAAAACUUUACAGAAACAUCUAUUGAACGACAGCCAGCUCGUUACAGCGGUAAAAGAAAUUGAAGCAGUUCUGAACACAAGACCAUUAACAUACGUGGAUUCAGAGCCUGAUCAUGUACUAAAACCAUCAGACUUCCUUACCAUGGGAAAGUGUAUUACUAUGGAAACGUCGAAUAAGGAUCCUACGUCACAAGGGACGGUGACUAAAGAUAACCUAAUUAAAGGUUGGAAGAAAGCACAGAUAAUUCUACGAGAGUUUAAAGAGAUGUUUGAGAACAGGUACCUCCUAAAUUUGAGAGAAAGAUAUUCCCACCACCCUAAAGAACCUAGGGUGACUUCAAAGUUAGAACCGAAGAUAGGUCAAAUCGUGCAGAUUAAAGGUGACACGAGGAAUAGGAUCAACUGGAAAGUUGGGAAAAUAGUAUCUUUAAGGGAAAGCGCCGAUGGAUUAUGUAGGGUUGCCACGGUACGAGUAGGAGAUACCGAAUACACAAGAUCUAUCACGCAUCUCUACCCUUUAGAGAUCGAAGAGGGAGAAGAACACUGUAAACAAACAUCACCUUAUAACGAAAGCGCAGAAGAACCUCUGCAGCUUCCUGACCUUCCACCUCCAUCUUGCGGGAACGUUGACGUCCAAGACGUUGCUGAGUCUCCUUCUGAACAAAUAUUCACUCCAGUAACAGCUAGAGAUGAUCCAGAAGAAGAAGUUCUACCCUAUGCCUCGCCAGUAGAGGAAAGGAGUUCCUUCAAACAAGUAGUAGAGUCUACAUCUAGUAAGUUAAACGAGCCUAAGCCUAAGUCUAUGUCCGAACCAGAACCACUCGCAGUCGUCGACCCCGAGUAUUACGACCACACUGAUCCCGAGCUACACCACUUGGAGGAAAUUGCGCCAGAAGGACAAGAAGACGAAUCAAGACCUAAAAGAGCCGCAGCUCUUCGGGCCCUUGAAAAGAUUAAAGAAUGGACCAGCAAUCUAGUCGCUGUGCUUCUGCCUGAGGCGGGGAGUGUCGCGACAGACGCGAAUUUAUAA